AGCGGGUCACGUGACGGGUCGGCGGCGCCGGCGGUUGCUGUCACCUGAUUCUGGGAGCUGGUGGCAGCGGCAGCGGUGGCAAUGGACUUUCUCCUGGGAAACCCGUUCAGCUCUCCGGUGGGACAGCGCAUCGAGAAAGCUACAGAUGGCUCCCUGCAGAGCGAGGACUGGGCCCUCAACAUGGAGAUCUGUGACAUCAUCAACGAGACCGAGGAAGGCCCCAAAGAUGCGUUCCGAGCAGUAAAGAAGCGAAUUGUGGGGAAUAAGAAUUUCCAUGAGGUCAUGUUGGCCCUCACGGUCUUGGAAACAUGUGUUAAGAACUGCGGGCACCGCUUCCAUGUACUGGUGGCCAGCCAGGACUUUGUAGAGAGUGUGCUGGUGAGGACCAUCCUGCCAAAGAACAAUCCACCCACCAUCGUGCAUGACAAGGUGUUGAACCUCAUCCAGUCCUGGGCUGACGCGUUCCGCAGCUCGCCUGAUUUGACAGGUGUCGUUGCUGUCUACGAGGACUUGCGAAGGAAGGGCCUGGAGUUCCCCAUGACUGACCUGGACAUGCUGUCACCCAUCCACACACCCCAGAGGACUGUGUUUAACUCAGAGACACCAUCUGGACAGAACUCUGUGGGCUCUGACACCAGUCAGCGAGGAGACCUGAGCCAGCAUACCACCCCUCUGCCCACUCCAGCUGUUCUCCCCGGUGACUCACCCAUCAUGCCAACUCCUGAGCAGAUUGGGAAGCUGCGUAGUGAGCUGGAGAUGGUGAGUGGCAAUGUGCGAGUGAUGUCGGAGAUGCUGACAGAGUUGGUACCCACCCAGAUAGAGCCUGCAGACCUAGAACUACUACAGGAACUGAACCGCACCUGCCGUGCCAUGCAGCAGCGGGUCCUGGAGCUCAUCCCACGCAUCUCCAAUGAGCAGCUGACCGAGGAGCUUCUCAUGGUCAAUGACAACCUCAACAAUGUGUUUCUGCGCCAUGAACGGUUUGAACGGUUCCGAACAGGCCAGACUGCCAAGGCCUCCAGUGAAGCUGAGCCAGCCGCUGACCUGAUUGACAUGGGUCCUGACCCUGCAGCCACCAGCAACCUCCCAUCCCAACUGGCAGGAAUGAACCUUGGCUCCAACAGUGUGAGAGCUGGCCUGCAGUCUCUGGAGACCUCGGGUCGCCUGGAAGAUGACUUUGACAUGUUUGCUCUGACUCGGGGCAGCUCGCUGGCCGACCAACGGAAAGGGGUCAAAUAUGAAGCCCCCCAAACCACAGAUGGCCUGGCUGGGGCCCUGGAUGCCCGGCAGCAGAACACCGGAGCGAUCCCUGCCACCCAGGCCCGCAUCAUGGAGGACAUUGAGCAGUGGCUGUCCACAGAUGUGGGCAACAGUGCUGAGGAGCCCUCUGGUGUCACCAGUGAAGAAUUUGACAAAUUCCUGGAAGAACGGGCCAAAGCUGCCGAUCGACUACCCAACCUGGCCAGCCCUUCAGCCGAGGGACCCCCGGGACCUUCUCCUAGCACAGCUCCUCGGAGGAAGACCCAGGAGAAGGAUGAUGACAUGCUGUUUGCCUUAUGAAUGCAGGGUCUGGCACCCUGCAGCCCAGGGCCUAGCACUCUCAUACCCACUGGGGCCCCUCCCUCUCUUGGUGUUAAGGCUGCUUGGGGGUGGUGUGUUAACCCCUUCUCUCCUCCUGGAGCCUGGGUGGCAGUAGGAUGAACUGGGGGAACGGGUCAGCCCUCUACUGGGAUCCUGACUGGUCCUGCCUCCUCCAGACAAGCUGACCUGCCUGAUGUGACCUGAUUGACCUGGUGUGAGACUGCUUCCAUGAAAUUCCCCUGGUUCCUUCCCCAGGGAAGCCCAUGGGAGCCCUCCAGAAUCCACACUACCAGUCUAGGUAUAGAGGAGACAUUACCACAGCUUUGCCCAUCCCUGCCCCUGCAGAGCGGGGCCUGAAGAAGGCUUUGGCUGGCUGUUGGGGUGGGCUAUGGUGGCCCCUGCUGAGCUGCCCACUGUCCAGGUACGAAGUUGCACCCAGUGAGGCAAGACCUCACCAGUCCAGGUGUCAAGCAAGAUGAGACCUCGGGGAUUCUGGGUACGCAAAGCCCCCCAGUUCCUCCACUGCCUUUUCCCCCAUCCGUGCUCUGUUCCUCCAGCAGGACUCCACCCAACUGAGGCUCACCUGUUGGUUGGUCCUCAGGUACAGGAAGAGAUGCCUUUUGUGUCCUCAAAUAAAAGUAGAAAGCCA